UUUGGAUUUUUUCCGUCUUGCUGCAAUUUUUAUGCUUUAUUGUCCUUUUGAUUAUUAUUUUUAUUCUGCUGAUUUUCUUGGAUUUUUAUUUACAUAAUAUUUUAAACUUUAAGAUGAAUGGAGUCCGUCAAGAAAAUGAUUCUCUCGAAGAGCUUGUUCGACAGUUGAAAUUAUCAUUUUUAGCACUCGACUCGAAAAACAAAAACGGUGAAAUCAAGCAAAAUGAUAACUUAAAGAAUUGUAUUAUUCCGUCCUCACAAGUAAAUUCAAAUUAUUUUAUCAACAACCUGUCAAAAAUUGCAUCAGAAUUUUUACCAGAAAUUAGCAUUUCAAAAAAUAAUUGUAAAGAAAACGCAGUGAAACGUAAAAUUCGCCGAAGAAAACAACGGAUUACAAAUAAUCCUGUGAAUAAUUUUUGCGAACAUGCUCAACAAAGCAAUAAACCUGAGAGUCUGAGGCAGGCAGAUAAAUUCCUAAUAAAAUUCAGGAACUCGAGACUACUUGUUGAAUUUGUCCAUGACAACUUUUCUGAUCAGUCUAUUAGAAAUGUUUGCGGACAGCAUGCUCAUGGAUAUUCACAAAUUAAUGCUAAUUAUGCAAUUUCACGCCUUAUUAGAAGAGAUGUACUUAAAACUGAAAAUACACUCUACAGCAAACCAACAUGGUCAGAGGAAUGUAUUUGCCGAAAAUGUAUUUCUGUUCCCUCACUCAACAUUUCCAGUACUAAUCCACGUCAUUUUGUAUUUGAAAGCAAUGGUUUAACUAAUACCGAAGCAGAAAUGGACUGUAAUCUUCGUAUACUCGCGGAGUUAUGGGAUUUUGACAUGAUUAAAGAAGCAAACAUGGAACUAUACACCCUUGGAAGAAAAGAAUUGUUAGAUCCAACAAGAAAAUUAAAUCUUAAAUUAUUUGCAUGGUUGGAGGCUUCAACUGAUACAUGGGUUAGCAAAAUGAAUGAAAUUGAGGAGUAUCAAGGGUUGGAAGGAUUGAUUUUUGAGAAAAAUCUUUUUCUAAAUUAA